AUGCCUGACGGAACUUGGAUUUUGGGUGAUCUCUUCACAAAGGAGUAUGGUCACCGCGGCAGCAUCCAGAAACUAUGGGAACAACGCUGGAAGUUUCCCUGCACCAAAGGCGUCUAUCCGUUCCAUGACGGAAAGUUUGAAGAUUUUGAGCCCAUUUUCAAGCACCUCAUCGACAACAAUAUCAACGAUCCUUAUGAAGAUGCAUACACCAACGCCUUUCUACCCACUGCCCAAAGACUAGCCAAAGAGGCACAAGACAUGGAAGCCAAGGACAAGGAGGCUGCAAAAAAGUUAUAUCUAAACGCAAACGCCGUAUACAGACUGGCCCGCUUCCCCUACAUCGGCACAGAACUCAAGAAGCAAGUCUUUGAAGAGCAGAAAAAAGUCUACUUCCGUGGCACUCAACUCUGGGAGCACCCAAUGCACGACAUCAGUAUACCUCACAAGCAUGCCUCCAAUGGCGACGGCCCCGAAAUCCCCGUGUAUGUUCGAAAACCCCCCGGCGACGGACCCUUCCCCACUGUCCUCCUCAUCACCGGCCUCGACGGCCACCGCCCCGACAACACGGAGCGCACGCAAGAACACCUCAACCGCGGCUGGGCCACAGUCGUCUGCGACAUCCCCGGCACCACGAUCGAUUGCCCCGCCAACAAACGUGACCCCUUAUCUCCGGACCGCCUCUUCUCCAGUAUCCUCGACUGGAUCGCCGCAACCCCUUAUCUCGAUGCGGGCAAAGUGCUUGCGUGGGGGCUCAGCGCAGGCGGCUACUACGCCAUCCGGCUCGCACAUACGCAUCGCACGCGGCUCGUGGGCAGCGUAGGCCACGGCGCGGGGACGCAUCACUACAUUGGGCGCGAGUGGCUUGCGCACGUGGACAAGCACGAGUACCCGUUCGGGCUUGAGGAGGCGUACCGCCAGAAGUAUGGGUAUGCGUCGUUUGACGAGGUCAUGGACAAGUGUCAGGAUGAGUUUAGUCUUGUUAGCGGCAAAGGCCAGGGUGUGGCGGUCGUGGGCGAAGGAAUGCCAAGUUGCAGGUUGUUGCUGGUGAAUGGCGUCUUGGAUGGCUGUAUGCCCGUUGAGGAUAGCAUGUUGCUGGCUGAAUAUGGGAGUCCUAAGGAAAUGAGGUUUUUGAAGGACAGGCUGCAUAUGGGGUAUCCUGAGGCGAAUGCUACAGUGUAUCCGUGGAUGGAGGGGGUAAUGGGGAAGUAG